AUGAUCAUCUUACAAAUUUUGGGGGAUGCGGCUGAGGGGGAAAACAUAAAUAUGGUAGGCUGUGAGGCAAUACAGCUAGAGAGAGCUCCUUUGGCAACGCGAAACACCAUUCAAGCUAGUGGGGCUAGUGGUCAAAUCACCAUUGGUAAAGCCCUGGAGGCCACUGCUAUGACAGCUGGACAGAAGCCGGUGGAGUGGAGUGAUGCAGCUGCAAUUCAAGGUGGAGUGUCGGCGAGAAGGGGAUGCGGCUGCUAG